AUGAAUUUCAUCUCCCGCGUUAAGGAUGCUGCGGGUCAAUGGAUUGAGAAUAUAGAGGGUAUUAAGGCUUCGGUGACCAAUUUUUUUACCACUUUGUUUUGCUCCGAUCGCGAAGGGAGGGAGACACCACAGGUGGACUUUGCGGUCCCAAAACUGAACCAGUUGGAGAAUUCGGAGCUACACAAAUUGCCCACCAUGGAGGAGUUAAAGGAGGUCAUCUUCUCUAUGUCCCAGGACAGUGCGCCUGGCCCUGAUGGCUUUAGUGCAGGUUUCUAUCAAGCAAGCUGGGUGAUAAUUUGUGAGGAUCUACUAGAUGCGGUUUUGGAAUUUUUUGAGGGUGGACAACAGCCGCGGGGGUUUACGAGCACGUCCAUAGUUCUUAUCCCAAAGGUAGUGGGUGCCUCGCAAUGGAAAGAGUUUAGAUCGAUAAGCCUUUGUAAUUUUAGCUCGAAGUUGAUUUCCAAAAUUUUGGCAAACCGUAUCAAUCGGCUGCUCCCCAGGUUGGUCUCCGACUGGCAGACGGGGUUUGUGCCAGGCAGGGAAAUAGUAGACAAUAUUUUACUGGCGCAAGAGUUAGUGCUGGAUCUAGAUCGACGGCUGAAGCACUCGAACCUUAUUCUCAAAUUGGAUAUGGAAAAGACGUACGACAGAGUUGAGUGGAGCUUUCUUCUUUUCAUGCUACGCCAGUUUGGCUUCAAUGAGGGAAACGUUAAUUUAAUUUUUCAAUCCUUCUCGAACAACUGGUUCUCGAUUUUGCGUGAAGAGAGUAGAUAUUACGUGUCGGUCGGGAAUCGGGUUCCUUAUCUUGCAUUUGCCGAUGACAUCCUGAUCUUUGCCAGGUGCUCUGAGGACUGCCUGGAUGGGCACUCUGCCCUAUUUCGUAGGAUCGGCUGUUUCACUGGAGCUCGCGGUUACUCUCCUCGGGAGGUGUUGUGUCCCCCAAAGGCUGUGGUUCAAAAAUUGGAGAGAAUUUGUAAUUCUUUUUUGUGGGACAAACCAGGAGGGGUGAAAGGUAUUCAGUGGAGGUCAUGGGAUAGGUUCUGCUAUCCGGUUGACGAAGGAGGGUUGGGAUUUCGUUCGUUCGUAGAUAUGAGCAGGGCCUUUGCUUGUAAGCUAUGGUGGAAGCUACGGAAGAGAGAUUCCAUUUGGGUUGAAUUUAUGCACUUUAAGUAUAUAAGGGGGGUGCAUCCCAUGGUGGCCCAGGUUAAUAGACCGCCGCUACCCUGGCGACAGUUGGACAAGGUUCGGUCAAUCGUCGAGAGCAAAAUUCGAUGGUAUUUGGGUAGGGGGUUCGUGGACUUUUGGUUUGAUCAUUGGUUAUCCGAUCGGUCUCUUGCUGAGAUGGCGGCAGUCUCUGAUCCUCCCCAUAUGCUACUGGCGGAGUUCUACGGAGAUAAGGGGUGGAGUCGGGACAUGCUAAAUAAUUGGUUGCCGACCCACUUGGUUCAGCAAGUCCUACAAGUUCAGUUGUUCCCCGAUCAGGACGAUUUGAUGGUUUGGGGGGACUCGUCAUCGGGUUCUUUUUCACUCAAAACAGCUUGGGCAGCAGUCCGACGGAGACGAAACAUGUCGAUAGUGGAUCAACGACUUUGGAAUGCAACUAUUCCGUUGAAGAUUUCCUUUUUUGUUUGGAAGGUGCUAAGGGGCAUAGUCCCAGUCGACUUAGUUUUGCAGAAUCGAGGUAUUAAUCUAGCCUCUUGCUGCUCGUGCUGCUCGGCCCAGGGGGAAUCUUUGUUACAUCUUUUCCUCGAUGGCCCGGUUGCUGCACAGGGUCGGAACAAAGCAAGGUUUGAAGGGUUGCCCUUUGAUGCUCGAGGGGUCAUUGAUAUGGUGGAGAGCUUUGCGGUACAACUAGGACGGGCGAAGGUUUUUAAGGUGGCUCACUUCAGAGGGGAUUCGGAUGAUCCAUGGAGAGCCCUGGCUACCUCGUGUUGUACACAUGUUCAUUACUUGGCAGUUGCAUGGCAUCGUCCACCUUUCCAGGUCGUGAAGCUGAAUACUGACGCGAGUGUCUGUCAUGGCCGGGGAGCCAGGGGGGCUUGCUCCGUGACCAUGAGGGCAAGCUCAUCUUUGCAUUCUAUAAGGAUUUCGGGGAGGUAG